CUGAAUGGUGGAUGAUAGUAGGCGAUUAGGUGGUUCUCUGAGUGCGAUACAGUCAAAUACUUUAUCAUGCCGAUAGGCCACGUAGGGAAGAGGACAUUUCUAAAGUGACUUCGAUCUCUUUAUUUUUUCAUUUUAACCUCUGCUUUACACAACCAGCGAUCCAACACAGGGUAGAACUACGGUGUCGCGCCGCACGGUCGUCCUUGUUUCGGGCUUUUUGACAGGUUCAUCACACGGUCUCUUCCUCUACUUCCUCACUGUACAGAUAUGCAUCGCUUGCAAUCGCUAGCAGCUCGAUCAUUGAUCGCUGGGCCUCUUGAUCAAUACACCCCCUUUGCGCUGACCUCUUUGCCUAGUUUUACCGGGGUGAGACACAAAUCUCAAGGUCCGUCCGUAGAGAAGUACAGGCAGAUGCGCUUCAGCUCCGCCGAGGCGAAAGUGGCUGCUGGGCGUCUGAAUGGUAAAUUGCGGGAGAAGACCCUGACAAUGGAGACACUCAACCCGCAUGUGAAGGCUGUGGAGUACGCCGUGAGAGGACCCAUCGUCAUCAAAGCUGGAGAAAUAGAGAGAUACUUAGAGGAGGGCAGUACAAAACCCUUCUCUGAGGUUAUCAGAGCCAACAUUGGUGAUGCACACGCCAUGGGACAGCAACCAAUCACCUUCCUCAGACAGGUGGUGGCUCUCUGCACUUUUCCUGAGCUGUUGGACAGCCCCGGUUUCCCAGAGGAUGCGAAACAGAGAGCACGGCGUAUCCUGCAAGGCUGUGGGGGACUUAGUCUUGGGUCAUAUAGUGCAAGCCCGGGUGUAGAGAACAUCCGCAAAGAUAUUGCAGCUUACAUUAAACAAAGAGAUGAGGGAGUGCCUUCUAACUGGGAAAACAUAUACCUCACCACUGGAGCAAGUGAUGGCAUUAUGACUAUUCUGCGACUGCUAGUUUCUGGGAAAGGCUGUUCUCGGGCUGGUGUAAUGAUCCCCAUCCCUCAGUACCCUCUCUACUCCGCUGCUAUCUCAGAGAUGGACGCAGUACAGAUCAACUACUACUUGGACGAGGACAACUGCUGGGCCCUGGACAUCAAUGAACUUCACAGAGCUUAUCAGGCUGCCAAACACCAUUGCCAGCCUCGAGUCAUUUGCAUCAUUAACCCUGGCAACCCUACUGGUCAAGUCCAGAGUAAAAAAUGCAUUGAAGAAGUCUUGCACUUUGCCUAUGAAGAGAAUCUUUUUGUUAUGUCAGAUGAGGUGUAUCAGGACAAUGUGUACGCUCCUGACUGUCAGUUCCACUCCUUCAAGAAGGUGCUAUAUGAGAUGGGUCCUGAGUACUUUAACAGUGUGGAAGUUGUCUCCUUUCAUUCCACCUCCAAAGGAUACACGGGAGAGUGUGGCUUCAGGGGUGGAUAUAUGGAGGUAGUCAACAUGGAUCCUGAAAUCAAGGCCCAGCUGGAGAAGCUUUUAUCAGUGAGACUAUGUCCCCCCUUGGCUGGCCAGGUUGCAAUGGAUGUCAUUGUCAACCCUCCACAACCAGAAGAACCCUCGUUCAACCAAUUCCAUCAGGAAAAAUCUGCUGUGCUGGGUGCUUUAGCAGAGAAAGCAAAUCUAACUGAGCAGAUCCUGAAUGCGGUUCCAGGAAUCAAGUGCAACCCCGUCCAGGGAGCCAUGUACGCUUUUCCCCGCAUCUUUAUCCCUCAAAAGGCAGUGGAGGAAGCCAAGUCUCUAGGAAUGCAGCCUGACAUGCUCUACUGCCUGAGGUUGCUGGAGGAUACUGGAAUCUGUGUCGUUCCUGGUAGUGGUUUUGGGCAGAGAGAUGGCACAUACCAUUUCAGAAUGACAAUCCUACCACCCACUGAGAAACUGAAGGUACUCCUUGGCAAAGUGCAAGAUUUCCAUAUCAAGUUCCUGAAAGAGUACUCCGCUCUGGAGCAGCCACAGAGAUGAGAUCUACCCUGAUCUAGAGUAUAUAAGCUGGCCAGCUCUAUCUCAUGGCUACUUAACACACUAACCACUCAUUUAAAGGGUUUUAAUCCUAGUUUUGAUGCAUGAUUGAAAGGAUUCAUAGAAUUGACUUCCUAUUUUUUGGAGGUGGUAUGGUGGUAGUUUUGGGGAAAUAUUAGCUGUUUAGUCAGAUGUAACACCAAGCUUGAAUGCUGAAGAGCACACACAACAACAGACAUUUCUUCUUCUUUUUUGUAUUUAAAUAAUAAAUUCUAAAACGUUACAUGAUCAGACACACGCUACCAUAAAUGAGAUUCAACAACAAAGGUCAAUAAGUUUCCAAAUCAGGACACUUUUGCAGUUAUUUGCACCAAUGUGCAGAAUUAUUUAGAUUUUGUUGGCAAGGCAUUUCCCCCAUAAAACAUCUGCAAUCUUUAUUUAAUAUUCCUUCUAUUCAUGUUGCACCUUUAUGAACUAUUCAAAUCUAUUUUGGCUGAUGCAAAUUUAGCAUUUUUUCACUUUGGCUGUAUAUUUAAAAUGUCAAGGGGUUUUGUGACUGGAACGCUGACGGUACAUGUUUUGGUUCUGGAAAGUUGACAGAAAUACUUAUGUAAACGUUUAUGUUGGCCUCUCCAUAGUUGUACUCAUUGCCAUGCAAUGUACAUGACAAACUUUAAAUUUGUAUUCUUUUUUUAAAAUAAAAUUUAAGAGAAGCUUCUGUUGAAGAUUGUGAAUAACAAUGAUUUAUGGUGUCUCUGACUCUGUAUUUUCACUGUAGAUAUUUGGCAGCAUGGAAUGCAGGGAGCACUUGUGGAAAAAUUGAUGGCCUAUAAUUAAUGUUUACUUGUGUAUUUUAUACACUGCUUUAGUCAUGCAAGCAAUUUUAUCAUCGAAACUCUUUAUCGUCAUCCUGUUUGAAAGAAACUAGUUAAUUGGAUAUUUUAUUGGAAUAUUUACAAAUUAAACGCAUACCAUUAGGCCAGAUAUAUUUGUGCCAAAGUCAAAAUAUUUUGAUUAACUAGUGGUUUUAACCAUCCCUUUUUGACUUCUCAUCUGUCAUUUUACUUUUAUAUUAAAGCCAUUAACAGAGCUUAAUGCAUAUUCUAUCACUUCAUUUGAGGUGCCUUCAGGAUUUAAUGAACUGAUUUUUAUUCUCUCUACAUGCAGUAAUGUAUCUUACAAAAUUGUAAUGAAAUGUUUUUUGUUCUCUUCUUAAUAUAAUGUUCCUUUUAUGUAAUUUUUGAGAAUUGGCCCAGUGUUCACAAAAUGUAAAUACUAAUAUGAGCUGCAAUUAAAGUUGUAGAAGUGGAGACUGUUAAAGCUGAUUGCAUCUGUUACAAGUUAAGUUUUCUUUUGUUUUUAUUAAAGAUGACGAAAUGAAAUGUUUACUUUGAUCAUUAAAUAUCAAAGUGUACAAUCUUUCCAUG